GUAUAUACAUUCUAUAUAGAUAGGAAAGUAUAAACCAUCUAUAUACAUAUUCAGUUGCACUGGUAGCAUCCAAUCGUUUAUAAUCGUUUAUAACAUGUCAAAAAUGGCAGAACCAGCACCGUGCAAAAGCGAUAUUGAGGAUGUUUUCAAAAGAUUGCGUGCCCUUCCAGCAAAUAAGACAUGCUUCGACUGCAAUGCUAAGAAUCCAGCAUGGUCCAGUGUCACAUAUGGCGUUUUCCUUUGCAUCGAUUGCUCAGCUGUACAUAGAAAUUUAGGAGUUCAUUUGACAUUCGUGCGCUCAACUCAACUUGAUACUAACUGGACAUGGCUACAGUUAAGAAAUAUGCAAUUGGGAGGAAAUGCAAAUGCUAGGAAAUUCUUUGCCCAGUACCAUUGCACAACUACUGAUGCACACCAAAAGUACACAUCGAGAGCUGCCAUGCAAUACAGACAAAAAUUAGCUCAAGCUGCAAGUCAAUCCAUACAACGCCAUGGAACCAAGGUUCUUCUACCCACACUUCAAAAUAUAGUGUUGCUACAUCUUGAUGAACAUGAGCAUGAAGUAGGAGAUAAUGAAGCUGAAAUAGAUUUUUUCGAAGCUCACGAAAGUUUUGAUGUAAAUAGUACUGAAACCAAUGUGCCUAAAGAUCAUGUUCAUGCAGAUCCAGUAAUGAAUUUAGUUAAUGAAAGUCAAGAAAUCAAAGACAACGACAAUAUUCAUGCUGAAUUGGAUAUUAAAGACUCCACCAAAGAAACUUUAGGACCAUCAGUCAAUAUUUGUGAAUCAGCUAUGCUAGGAACGUCAGAAAUAAAACCAACCAUUGGCGUUAGAAAACCUCAACCAAGAAAAGCAGGACUUGCUAAAAAAGCUAGUUGCUUUGGUGCUCAAAGAAUUGUAACGAAUUUCGAAGAAAUCGAAAAGAGUGCUCUCUCUGCUGAAGCUAGUAGAGAGAAGCCAGUAUUAGAGGCGUCAAAGAACGAUGAAGAAAAAGCCGAGAUAGAAAAACGCUUGACAUACCGUAUCGAACAAGACUUAUCUGAACAAGCCAAGAAAGUUGAAGAGAGAUCUCGCCAGUACAACCCUGUCAAGGCUCAUCAGGCCGAGCGCUUGGGAAUGGGCUUUAACACCAGACGAGGCGUAAGCCAUUCGGUUCUUACUGACAUGCAGACAAUAACCCAAGAAAAUUCCUCAAAAGUGAUGGUACCUUCAGAGCCCAAAAUAAAAGAUGUUGACACAGAUCUUGAUUACUUGAUGUCUGAUUUGGUCGAUAUAAUGCCGUUUACUACAAGUACUUCAACCAGCAGCAAAUCACGCAAUGAUGAAUUUAUCAUCGAAGAAGAACCCGAUAGACAUGGCAUAUCUACUCAAUUUUCUAAGACUAACAAUUCGUCUUCAAUGUACAGUAAUCCUUCCAAUAAUAGAAGUAGUAGCAAUAACAGUAGUAGUAGCAGCAAGAAGAUACCAGAUCAAGGUGAAGCACAAAAAAAAUUCGGAGGUGCGAAAGCUAUCAGUUCAGAUCAAUAUUUCCGUGAUUGUGCUAACGAUAAUUCUUGGGAACAGAAAAAUAACUUGAGACGUUUCGAGGGCUCGACAAGCAUAUCUUCAGCUGAUUAUUUUGGCACUGGCCAGUCAAACCCAACUUCUCCGACGUCUUCGUUAUCAAUGAAUCUUGGGGCUAGAGGUGGUAUGGACUUUGAUGACGUUCGUGAAAGUGUGAGGCAAGGUGUUCAUAAAGUGGCCGGAAGACUUAGUUCACUUGCCAAUGCUGCUGUUAAUUCUAUACAAGACCGAUAUGGACUAUAA